CAUUUUGCGAUUGCAUAACUCCUAGCAUAUUUAUUUACUGUGUUUUUGUAAAGUAGCCUAAUAAUAAAAGGUUAGGUUGGUUAGAUAAACAGGGCCCCCCCCCUUCUCCAGUAUCUGACAAAGCGGCAGUCAGCCUCCGGGCGGCAGGACUCACGCUCACCAGGUUGAUCCAGAGACUUCCAGCCGCUAUUGGUGCCUCCGAAUCUGUCAGGCCCUGCUGUUGACUACAGAGGAAUUUCCCCUCUGGAUCCGAGUUAAAACAUUUACGAUAAUGCCCACUAUAAAACUACAGAGCUCUGAUGGGGAAAUUUUCGAGGUGGAUGUUGAGAUAGCCAAACAGUCUGUCACAAUCAAGACCAUGUUAGAAGAUUUGGGAAUGGAUGAUGAAGGAGAUGAUGAUCCAGUUCCCCUCCCUAAUGUGAACGCUGCCAUCCUCAAGAAGGCCGCCAACUAUUUGGACAUCAAAGGUCUGUUAGAUGUCACCUGCAAGACGGUGGCCAACAUGAUUAAAGGCAAAACCCCAGAGGAGAUCAGGAAGACUUUUAACAUCAAAAAUGACUUCACAGAGGAGGAAGAAGCGCAGGUACGCAAAGAGAACCAGUGGUGUGAAGAGAAGUAAAGGGGAAGAUCCUGCCAACACUCCACACUGAAAAAGAAUGGUCUUUGUUAUCUGGUUGCACUGGCAUUGUUCAUACUUGUCAAUAUUUACAUUCAGUAUAUUAAGAGCCAUAGCCCCCCCCCCUUCCUCAAUUUCUGAAUACCAAUAGCAUGACCAUUUUAACUUUCCUGUGUGUUGUCAUUAAUUUAAACAAAAAAAGCUCUCUUCUGUUUCCACACACAUUCUCACAACAAAUAGUUCUGUUUCAUGGCUUUGUACCCUUAAAGAUUAGAAAAUGUUUCCCUAUUAAUCACUAAGGUUGUCUUUUUUUUACUGGACAUGUUAUGUUUUUCUUUUAGGGCAAUUGAUUAAAUAAAAUGGCUCUUUUGACAAUGGAGAUGAAAGAUUUCAUAUUUUAUUUUUUGCUCUGUGAAUGCAUCUGUUCUGUGUACCAUGUUCAGAGAGGAGGGGCUGUUUAAAGGAAAAGUGAAGUUUAGGGUGGAAAGCUUUUUGCGUAGUGUCCUUUGGACUUGAAAGUACUUGUGUUGUCACAAAGCUUUGGGUAACUUAUUCCUAAUUCAUGUUUUGAAUUGGAAACUUUUCUCAGAUACAGCUUAGAUGCUGGCUUUUGGAUUGAUUAAAAAUUUGAAGGAGUAAAUAAAACUCAUAAAAAGGG